CACAAGCGCGCCUUCCCCGACUGUUCAUCACACACUCGCUUGCUAUUCCCGGCGAUUGACCUGACGCAUCUGGUAAGUGUCCAUCUCUCGCUUCACACGCGCACCUUCCUCUACAAGCAACACGACAAUCACAUGAUGAGUUUAAACCUAAUUGGAGCUGUCCUAUCUCUUCGGAGACUGAGGAGACAACUCAUUACCAUAUACGCAAACAUCUGAAACACUCCGUCCCUUCAACCCUCUAUACCAAUCACGCGCCUGCCAUAACGACGUCAGUCAGACUAACGCGUCUCAGCACUCUAUUAGCAUUCACAAGAUCCGUUGCACCUUCCCGAAGAGUCUGCGCACGCGUCUCAGCCAUAGCAACGUGACACGUCGCUGAGCGCCUAUCUCGCAUUUCCACGUCCUCGUUCUCUUCGCAUAGCACAUCACACAAGCAUGUCUGCCGACCCUCGGAGAAGAGCGGCGCCUGCACAAUCAGCUCCUCCGCCGCCACCUCCACCUCCUCCGCCUGCAGAGGCACAGCCAGACUCGACAGUCCAAGGCUUGGAUGGCGCAAAUGACAAAGACACGGCUCAACAAGCGAGGGCAGAAGAUGGCUACAAGCUGCGCUUCUGCACCGUGUGCGCCAGUAACAACAACAGAUCGAUGGAGGCUCAUCUUCGCCUUGCUGCCAGCGACCAGAAGUAUCCCACAAUCUCCUUUGGCACCGGCUCGCUAGUCCGUUUGCCCGGCCCCUCGAUCACACAACCAAACAUCUACAACUUCAACAACACAUCCUACGACAGUAUGUAUCGCGAGCUCGAAAGCAAAGACGCUCGCCUAUACCGCGCCAAUGGCAUUCUGCCUAUGCUAGACCGCAACAGAAACAUCAAAUGGGGUCCUGAACGCUGGCAAGAUUGGAAGGUCGGAUACCCAAGAGUCGGCAAGAGAUAUGCCAAUGCUCCCAUCCCUGGCGAUCCUGUCUACACGACCGACAUGGGCUCUCAAGGCACAGAAUCAGGAACAGUCGACAUCGUCAUAACCUGCGAAGACCGCUGUUGGGAAGCCGUUGUUGAUGACUUGCUGUCAAGAGGAAGUCCACUCAACCGCCCUGUGCACGUCUUCAACGUUGACAUUAAGGAUAAUCACGAAGAAGCGCUGGUAGGAGGAAGAGCAAUUCUGGAGCUUGCAGAUGAGUUGAACGCUGCUGCACAAGACGAAAGAAAGAUACACGCCGAGAAGACGGGCAGCACAGAAGCCUUUGACUCUGCCACCGGAGGCUCAAGAGAUGGCUUCGACGCCAGAGUGCCCAUCAUCCUCGGCGAGUGGCAGGAACGAUGGCCUCAUCUCCCUGCUCUGUGGACCUUGGCCUGGUUCUAGAGUGGAAAAUAAUACUACAUUGACCG